UUUGGUUAUUCUGACGAACAUAACCCUUUUAAACAUGACUGUCUGCAUACAGCGCAGCUCCGCCCGCGAGCGAAAACCCUAACCCCAUCCGCUUCUUGUGAAUUGCUUCGUCUUCCACCUUGCUCCGGCACCUCCGAAGUAGAAUCGGCCUCCUUGUCGCUAUUCGAGUCCUCUUUGGCAACAUCUGAGCUACCCUGCCAUGGCCGAAGCUGCAGAGUGAAGAUAGGUUAGAGUUUCUUGUCUCUGGUAUCGAUUAACACAUUGACGGUUCAUCAAUAUUCCUUUUUUGAUGGUUUUGCACCACUAGCAAGUUGCAUUUCCUUUUCAACAUGAACAACCCCUGUUUUGAAGAUCAAGAUGAAGCCACAGUUGUUGGAUUUGAAGUUCCAAAAUCACCUGAUUCAAGUUACAACAAUGCUUACCCAGGGAGCGAAGAUGAGGCACGGGACCCUCCUGUUGUACCUCCACAUCUGCAACAUUCGUUACUAGCGUGUCCAACAAGCAGAGACGCUACUGGUACUAUUCCACUGCCUCAGAAUGUCAUUCUCAACCAUCUCUACAUUGAGAACAGGGAGACCCCGCGAUCUGUAGUGGCACUUGGGUUCACUCACCGCUUCCGUUCAAAAUAUGUUACCGUUGUGCUUUAUAAACCAGUUCAGAGAAGGGGGAGUACUAGCAGUUGAAUGUGCUUAUAAUGCGAGGUUUAAUUAGGGGUGGUAUAUUUUGUUAUGAUGGGAGGUCAUGAUGACCCAGAUAGGGAAAUAGCAUUGAAAAGUAUUUAUUGUUGCACAGCUUCGGCUGAUGAUUGUAGAUUUGUUCCAUUUAACCUAUUUUCAGUGACUGACAAUCUUGUGGAAUCAGCGGAUGUAGAUUGCUACGCAUGACUAUUUGAGAGAAUUUUCUUUUGCUAA